UUCCUGGUCUUGGCCUAGAGGUAGUAAAUAUCAGAGCAUUUCGCUUAAGGCUUAAACCCUAGUUCGUCAUUUCUGACCUCGUGCCUGCGUAAACACUACCCGAGCUCCAAUGGCGAAAUCCCUAGCCCGCUCUGCCGCCUCACGCACCGCCAAGCGCUUCUUCUCAGCCUCCUCUUCCUCCGCUCCUCCUCCGCUCCCUUCUUACCUCCUAUCCCGUCGAUCGGUCCCGGCGCUUUCUCGUGCCGCCGAUUUUGUUCACUCCUUGAACCGUUUUACGACGAUACGAACCCGGAUGGACAGAUCCGGUGGCUCUUCCGGUUACUCGCCGCUGAAAUCCGGGUCGAAUUUCAGCGACCGACCCCCGACUGAGAUGGCGCCGCUUUUUCCUGGCUGCGAUUACGAGCAUUGGUUGAUCGUCAUGGACAAGCCCGGUGGUGAAGGUGCAGCGAGGCAGCAGAUGAUUGAUUGCUAUAUCCAAACCCUAGCCAAAGUUCUCGGCAGCGAGGAAGAAGCUAAGAAGAAGAUAUACAAUGUGUCGUGCGAGAGGUAUUUUGGGUUUGGCUGUGAGAUUGAUGAGGAGACAUCCAACAAACUUGAGGGUCUUCCUGGUGUUCUGUUUGUGCUUCCAGACUCUUAUGUUGAUCCUGAGUUCAAAGAUUACGGAGCUGAACUGUUCGUAAAUGGGGAGAUAGUUCCUCGCCCGCCAGAGAGACAGAGGAGGAUCGAGCAAUUCACAACCCAUAAAAGCUCGGACAGGCCAAAGUACAAUGACAGAACCAGGUAUGCCCGCAGGAGAGGGUAACAUGGAUUCUCCUCUGCCCUUUCAAGGAAACAUACAAGAGGACCAGUUUGGAGGGCUUGUCUUGGUUGGUUAAUGUAUGCCAAAAAAAAAAAAAAACUGGUUUCCUUUGAGCAGACUAAUGUGAGGAUUGCCACUGAACUCGAAUCCACAUAUGUAUAUGAUAUGAUGCUCUUUUAGUUUGGUAACGCCUGGAGGAGGAGACAACUCGUGUCUAUUUCAUGUGGUUCGUUUAUGGCAUGAUCGAAAAGCUUUUGUCGUUAUCACUGGAUUUGUGUUUUACCA